GUCCACAGAGGCGAUCUCAUCGGCGGAACACGGGAGUGAAGGAGUGAAGCCGUGGACGCACUCGGUUCGAGUUUUGCUUGAUUUAUGAGAGGUCUCCCUGUUCAGCGACUGCGAGGACAAGACUGGGAGAAAAAGGAGGGCAAAGAUAAGUGUCAAUCUGUUGAGACUUGUUUGGGAAUUUGAGCGAGGACGGGAGGUGGGGGAGAGGCAGCAAAGACAUUUUAGGCGUAAACAUUAACUUCUCACCAGAGGAAAAGCCAGAGGAGAUUUAAGCUGAAUGUAUUUAUUCUUUAAAAAAGGAGAGCUUUUUCUUGAGUCAAUCUGAUAAUAUGAACGCAAGGAGGGAAUUUUCUGUGUUGUGCAAUCCCAUAUUUUUGAGCUGAGCUGAGCUGAGCUGAGCUGGGGAGGAGGAGGAGGAGGAGACCAGAUCUUCACCGGAUACAACAUUCAGGUUCUCCAAUAACAAUGGUACUAUGGGGACCAAAAGGCCCAGUUGGACCCUCUUUGACACUUUAACAAAAACAAGCAGGUCUGACCACAAGCUUCAGCCAGGUGGAAAAAUCCCCCUGGAUUCAAGUCCCAGACCAGCAAUGACUGGUUGGUUUAAGCGAGAGCUAGAACGCACGGCAAAGAAAGGUGACACAUUUCCCAGAAUGAAAAAAGGUCUUACAAGUCCUGAUAGAAGAUUGUGCACUGAGAUGGAUGAAGAAAGAGGGGAAAGGAGGUGGAAUGACAGGCCCCCCAAAAAAGCAGAGACUGAUGUCUGGGGCCAAGAAAGAGAGAGGACAUUCCAGGUUGAGAAGGAAAGAUAUGAGGGUAGACGCAGAGAAAAGGAUGAGGGGAAACCCACUGGAAGAGGAUACAUAGAAGAUGAGAAGUUACGCCAGAGGGGACGAUAUCAGGAGUUGUCUGAUAUUAGGUUUCAAGACGGCAGAAGAGAGGUGGAUGAAUCUUGGGAUAGAAGAAUGGUAAGAAUGGGUUCCCCGCACAGAAGAAAGGAGAGAGAGAACUAUGCAGACAGAAAGGAGAAUGAGAAUGCAAGAAAAAGAGAGAAAAGGAGAGACAUCAGGAGUGAAGGUGAUGAUGAUGAGAGAAGGCCGAGGAGGGAAAGAGGGAGGGACAGAGAGAGGGAGGAGCUGAUACUUCAAUACAGCAGAAGUGAGGGGGACUACAUAGGCAAAAUGGCAAAUGACAGAGAUCGAGAAAUGCAGCGAUAUAGAGACAGAAACAGAGACAAAGAAAGAAGGAAAGAAACUGACAGGCAGGACAAGGAAGGUGGGAGAGACUUAAAGGAAGAUAGAAGAGACAGAAGAGAGUACGAGCCUGAGAGAGACAGGAAAAAGAGGGGAAAAGAAGCUGGUACUAGAAUAGUUGAUGCAACAGGCAGGAGCAGUCGAUCACCAAAGGAGUGGGCUCCCGGUCCGCCAGCACGAGCUCACAGCAGUGGAGAGUGGAGCAGUGAUCCUGACAAUGAGAAUAGACACAGAAUAUACAGGGACAGGUAUGAAGAACGGGAAUCAAGGAGAGACAGCAGUUUUGAAAAGAAAAGAGAGAGAGAAACAUGGAGGGAUCAAGACAGAACUGCUGAUAAAAGUCAAAGGCAAAUAAGAAAUGAGAGACAAGAGAGCGAUAAAGGAGAAAAGACUGGCAAUAUGCCAGAGCAGAGAAGGAUGUGGUUAGAGCCACAGAGGGGCAAGAAUAGCACAGACAAAUUUGUAGACAGCAACAGGCACACAGAGCGGAAAGAGCUACGGGGAGAAGGAGAGAUGAGUAUGUACUCCCAGACGGAGAGAGGAAGAGAUGGGCGACCAGUAAAAGAGGAACCAGAUUGUGAAAGAAGGCAGGGGGGGAGAAGUGAGUACAGGGAAGACGCACAGAGGGAACAGGAGGGAGUCGGUGCAGAUCAGGAGACUGUGGGGGAAAUCAGGAGAGGGAAGGAACAUAUGUCUGACAAUGAUGCAGGGGUUGAGGAAAGCUGGCAAAGGGAUGAACAAGGAGACAACGUCGUAGACGACAGAGAGGAUGAGAAUGGGAGCAAUAACUGGCCACCCUCUGAGAGUGAAGGAGGAAGUGAGGCAGGGUGGAAGAAAGAGAGAAAUGAAAUGCCAUCCACACAGGAUGGCUUCGUGACCGUGCCAAGUGGAAGAGAGCACAGUGAAGAAGGGUUUAGGGACUGUCAGGAAUUCCAGGAAGGUGGAACCCAGGCACCUGCUGGCUUCCAGGGGUUUGUGGGAGAUCAGAAGAGGGAGGAAGGACGGACAGUGGGGGAGGUGGAAACAGCUGACGGGGAGGAUCAGGGGGAGGAGAAGCAGCCAAAGUACGUCUUCUGUGUGGUUGGGCAAACUCUUCCCCGAUCAAAACCCAGCAAUAUUUUACCAUUGCAGGUUGAUCAGAUUGGAGGAGUGGAAAGAAGCGACACAAAUUUAGAAACUCACCAUGAGUUGGUUGAUGACAUCACUCAGCAGCCUCAGAAAGACUUGCUUCAGAGAUCAUGUAGAAAUGAUGAGCACCCAAUGAUAAACAACUGGGACACAGGAAGUGAGCAUAAAGUUCAGAGGGAGGAGAGGCUCUCCACAGAAGAAGCAACUGAAAGCAAAAUCCACUCCAGAGCGCCUUCAGCGGUUCAUAAUUUAAAAUAUAGAAAGGAAAUGAGACGUAAAGUGAAACAGUCAUAUUCUGAAAUGGGAAGAAAGGACUCAAAAACUGAGAGACUUCUCCAGGAAUGGAGAGAGAAAACUAAAGAGCCAACAGACAAAAAAGAGAUGCAAACUCCAAUUUCUCAAUCAGCGAUAGAUCAACUGCAGCCCAUCUUGGAUCAGAUAAACACUACAGGAAUGAGUCCAGAGGAGGUGGAAGCUAUUCGGAUCAGACUGAGUGGGACAUGGAGCGUGUCUGAGGAGCCCAAGCGGCAUUCCCAAGCCCCCCACCUUAAAUGGGCUAAAAAUGUGGUCCGUGAGAUCCUGGGACAUUCAGAGGAAGAACCAAGCACAGAGGCCCAGGAAGAUCAACCAGCUGCCAACCAGACUGAGACCAGCAAUGCCAAGCCACAAGAGGAAGUUGCAGAAGAAACAAGGGAGGUACCUGCGAUUAAGCUGAGUAUGGAAGAAGAUGACUUAGAGCCAGAGCUGGAAGAGCUGUUCGAUGCGAGAGGUAUGGGACAGAGCCAAGCCCACAUGCAUGCUGACCAGUUCACGGCUAUGCAUGUUGUAACGCAUACACACACUCAUGCUGACACGGCGCUAGAAUCAGAAAGGAAGGAAGAUUGCAGCAUGGACAAAACAACUUUAGAGCCUUCUGGUGAAGUUCAGUUAGGAAAGUCAGACAUAAAGGUGACAGUCAGUGAAACUGAAGACGAUGAGGUUAAUUUGAAAGAAAGCGAAAAAGAAAAACUCAGAGAGAAGGAAGCGGAGAUGUAUUUAAGUGCGAACAACACCCUUUACAAGCCUAACAGCUGCCCUAUUCUUUAUCAUGACUGCGAGUCUGAGCUCCUGUGCCCCUCUAGUGAGGGUGAGAGCCAGGGGGUGGACUAUGGAAGGGAUGAAAGUGAAGAAGAAAGACAAGGAAGGGAGCCUGAAGAUAGGGUUAAUGCAGUGGACGUGAUAGUACCAGAACUGACUGAGGUGAAUUGCGUAGAGGCAGAAGGGCAAGUAGGGAAUCUGGAGAGCUCCUACAGUUCUCAGAAACUGGGUUCCAAAGUGCCGUCUCGAAGAAAGGGAGUCCAUAAAACAACUCAAAGAAGAAAUGUAGACGUGGAAGAAGAUGAAGGUGUUGGAAGGGAUCGCAGAACCAGAGUAUUUUAUGCAACAGAUGAUGAGGAUGAUCGGAGCAAAAGCUUGAGCGAAAUGGGGCUGAGGAAUCUUUUGGGCACAAUCGAAAGACAGAAAAGUAAUUCAAGGUUCUACAAUGCUGCACAACUCUAUCAGCAAUACAGUGAGGCAGCCCAGAACUCUGAGAUCCUACGUCAGGCUCGCUCUGAAUUCCUCUCUGUGAGUGAGGACCAAACUUCGUCUCCUCUUCCCUCACCUCCUCCUGCCCGCAGAGCUCUUCCUCCCAUUCCCCCACAACCACAUGCCCAGUCCUUCUCCCACACAGGCUCUGUCUCUAUCCAAAGCUUGCAUCUCCCUGAAUGCCCCAGGGGUGAACGUAGAGCUUCUUCUCCACGUCUGUCAAUCUCACAGUCGUCCUCGCUGUGGCGAGAUCUGCCGGGGGUCAGGAACAGUGCUGAGCUAGAUGAGCUCACAGAGGACCAGAGGCGGCUACAAGAGGUGAGGUUUGAAGUUAUUACCUCAGAAGCUUCCUAUUGCCGGAGUUUGGAAAUUGUCGUUGACCACUUUGUCAAGUCUAAACAGCUGGGGGCGCAGCUGACCACUCAGGACAAGAACUGGCUCUUCUCAAGGCUGGUUGAUGUUCGUGCCAUUAGCCACAGUUUUCUGUCAAAACUGGAGGAGCGGGUGGAAUCAGAUGUCAUGCACUUCACCGUCUGCGACAUCAUUUAUCGGCAGUGUCCGCUCUUCAGAAAAGCCUAUGUGCCCUACCUCACCAACCAGUCCUAUCAGGAUGCAACUUAUCAGAGACUCAUGAAUGAGAAUCCAAGGUUUAAAAUGAUCGUGGAGAAAAUAGAAAAGAGUGCUGUUUGUCAGAGACUUCCUCUUCGCUCCUUCCUUGUGCUUCCCUUCCAAAGGAUUACAAGACUUAAGUUGCUGGUCCAGAAUAUUGUCAAGAGAACAACACGCGGCACGGCGGAGGCAACGCAGGCCAUCAAAGCUCUAAAACAACUGGAGAAGAUUAUUCAACAAGGUAAUGACAGCAUCUCUCAAAUGAAAAGCAUCGAGUCUCUGGUUUCUCUCAGUGCUAAGGUGGACUUUGAGUGCAAGACUCUUCCUUUGAUUAGCCAGUCUCGGAGGAUGGUUCGAGAAGGUCCUGUCACUCAGCUGAUGGAUUUCUCUCUUAAGGAGACUGAGAAAAAUGCUUACUUGCACCUCUUCAAUGACUACUUGCUGCUUUCACUACCAAAGGAAGGGGGAAGAUUUACGGUAAUUGAUCACUGUCCAGUAUCAGAGCUGCGUGUUGAGAACUGUCGUGUCAAACUUCACUCCCUACAGAAGAAUCUGUUCCGGUUGUAUAUGGCACAAAAAUCCCUGCUCCUCAGGACUGAUGCACCGAGUGAUAAGCUUCGUUGGAUAUCCGCCCUCUCCAGGCCCCAUACUGAAGUAGAUUUUUCUAGUGCACAAGAUUUCGAACAGAUGCAAUGUAUCCGAGCUUUUUUUGCUCAACAGCCAGAUGAGUUGUCCUUAGAAAAAGCUGAUGUCAUUCUGGUGCACCAGGAAAGCAGUGAUAACUGGGUAGAAGGGACGAAGCUCUCUGAUCGGCAACGUGGAUGGGUGCCCAAAUCCCAUCUGGAAACCAUAGCCAGCUCCAGAGUCAAGAGUCAUAACCUGUCAGAUGCUCUCAAACUGACAGCGGCCACAGCCACAGCCUGACCCGAGAGUGGACACUAUAAAGGAUCAAACUCAGUUAUCUGAUUCAGGAACUGCUGGAUUAAAGAUGAUGGACAUUCAGUGACAUUUCUAGAGGACAAUGCAGCAGCUCAAAAUGCUAUAAGAUUGCAUCUCUGUGUAGCAGUGGCUCUCGUUUGUUUCAUGUGUUGAAACAAUGUAUUCACUUUACUGCAUGAAGCAGCAAAGUGAACAGCUGAAGACUGCCAGAAAGGGGGUGUGGGUAUUAUGGUUUUUAUCUGCUAUGCACAGUACACUGCAAAUAUUGUGUGUACAUCAGUAGAUUUGUGUUUUAAAAAAAUAUUUUCUUAUGGAAAUGACUUUUUCCCAAGAAAUAUUAUUUUUGGAAUCUGUAUUAUUUUUUGUUGUUGUAAUAUACGGUUUUUGAAAAAUGGGCCCCUGCGUGCAGGAGAGAAAUCAUGAGAUGUAUCAUAAGAAAUCUGCCAGACAAUUCCAAGACGUACAACGAGGUUCAUAGGUUACAUGGGACACAUUUCAGUAAACGCAGACUUAUGAAAUAAAAACAUAUUUGAACAUUG